AGCUGUUUGGUCAUGGAGGUGCCGCAAAUGUGUACCCGUUGUACAUAUUAUCGUAGCUGAAGUACCGGUUAGUUGUUGCUGGUCGGUACUGAAUGUAUUCAGUAGUCGAACGGAAAACAGUGUCGGACUCGCGGUCUUCGCGAUUGUUAUGUACACUUUGUUGUAUUGUUACCGUAUUUGGACCCAAGAGGAUUUUUUUUGUACCUUUAAAAACUCCUGUUGAUAAGUACGUAGCGGUACCGUCUGCUUAGUGAUUCGUUCUAACAAACAAUUGAAUUCUCUAUUUUAUUUUGUUGUAUUUGGAAAACUGUUGGUCUACUUCCUCUUAGAGUCUAGAAGGCCUUCGUUCAAAACUUUCCGGAGUGGAUGCAGUCUGUUCACAUUUUCUGUCCCCAGUCACCGCUUCGUGAAUAAUUCAUUAAUUUUUGGCUGUUGGGGCUCCUGGAAAUACGUACGCCAUUCACGGUCUCGGUCAAGGCAACCUGCAUUCUAACCCGAUUUUGCGCAAAGAUCAUUCCAGAAGUGCAUUUCGAAAGCAAACAAAAGAACAUCAGCUGAGCCAGUGAAAUGAUAAACAGAGAUCAUCAGAACGCGCAUUGUAUGUUUAUGUGCGAGCAUCGCAACGAAUAUGAAAAAGUACGCGUUUAAUAAAGACAAUAAUAAUCAUUCUAUUAGUCAAAUAACUCUAACGUCAUAUCUAACCGGGAAUGGGGAGACUUCUCCUGUUACGGAAAGACUACACGACAAAAUGACAGAAGACCGGGUGGUGAUAAACGGCAUCCCUGCUACAUCGGGAGACGAUGAGGAAUCAAAACGGAAUUGUACCUGUAUUCAGAAAAUGGAAAACAGCAUUUCUGUGCGUCUUCCCGAAUCGAAGUACAAUCAACAAAAUUCCUUACCCUUCAAACCCACUGUAAUUCACUGGAUAAAAGAAAGAACGAAACGAAGUUGUACUAAGAAGACCCUCCGCAAACGAAUUCCUAUAGUUCAUUGGUUACCUGACUAUGAUCUUAGCAAAGCGGUAUCAGAUCUUGUUGCGGGUACAACGGUUGGUCUCACUGUGAUUCCUCAAGCAAUAGCAUACGCCAAUGUGGCAGGAUUACCUCCACAAAUCGGUUUAUACUCCUCGUUCAUGGCAUGCUUCAUCUAUGCCAUAUUCGGAAGCUGCAAGGAUGCUGCGAUCGGUCCUACAGCUAUUACAGCCCUUCUAACAAGGGAGAACAACCAUGGCUUUGGUGUUGAUGGCGCUGUAUUGCUAUGUUUUGUAUGUGGUUGUGUGGAACUAGUAAUGGGUAUAUUACAAUUAGGUUUUUUGAUAGAUUUUAUUUCGGGCCCUGUUUCUAUGGGUUUCACGUCGGCAGCAGCUAUUAUAAUAGCAACAACGCAAGUGAAAGACGUCCUGGGUUUGAACUAUCCAGGCGCUAAGUUCCUCCAGGUUUGGGAACAAAUUUUCGAACACAUUACUGAAACGCACUUGUGGGACUGUAUCCUGGGAAUAUCUUGCAUGUUUAUUCUUCUACUCUUAAGGAAAGCCAAAGACAUACACAUUGGACCCGAUGAUGUCAAAGAAAGGAAGCCUUUUCACGAAUUUUUAGGCAAGCUUCUGUGGCUUAUUUCCACUUCUAGGAAUAUUUUGGUGGUUGUAUUUUGUGCUGUGAUGGCCUACUUAUUUGAAGCGCAUGGGUCACAUCCGUUUAUAUUAAUUGGUUAUGUAAAACCAGGAUUACCUCAACUGUCACCACCUCCUUUUAGUACCCAAGUCGGAAAUACCACUUACAGUUUUGUUGAUAUCGCUUCAACUCUAGGAUCCGCCAUGUUUGUGGUUCCCCUUUUUGGAAUUUUGGAAAACAUUGCAUUGGCCAAAGUAUAUUCUGACGGAAAAGCAGUCGAUGCAACUCAAGAAAUGCUAGCACUAGGUGCUUGCAAUAUAGCGUCAUCCUUCUGUAGUUCUAUGCCAGUGUCAGGAGCCCUGUCAAGAGGGGCAGUAAACCAUGCGAGUGGUGUCAAAACCACUUUUGGUGGUGUCUACACUGGGAUUAUAGUAAUUCUAUCUUUGCAUUUUUUCACUCCCUACUUUGCCUACAUACCAAAAGCGUCACUGGCUGCUGUCAUCAUAGCUGCUGUUGUCUUCAUGGUGGAACUGCACGUGUUGAAACCAAUCUGGAGGACAAAAAAAACGGACUUAAUUCCUGCGUGUGCAACGUUCCUGUCAUGUUUGUUCCUCAGACUAGAAUUGGGCAUCGUUAUUGGCAUAGGAAUCAACGUUUUGUUCCUUUUAUAUGCCUCAGCUAGACCUUCAGUAACCGUAGAAAAAGCUACCAGUUCAUCAGGUUGCGAAUAUCUGCUUAUAACACCCGACAGAAGUUUAGUGUUCCCAUCAGUUGAAUAUGUUCGAGCAGUCGUGUCGAAAGCUGGAGUCAAACAGGGUUCCAGUUCGAGUCCGGUUGUAAUAGAUGCCAGACAUAUACAAGGAGCUGACUUUACAGCGGCAAAGGGCAUAAAAUCACUCAUCGAAGACUUUGUGCACCGAAAGCAGCCUAUUUUGUUCUACAAUUUGAAGCCUAGCGUCGUUAACAUAUUCCAAGGUGUCCAGCCAAAAGAUUUCGUAUAUUGUCAAUCGGAAAACGAAUUGAACGAUUUGCUGAAUCAAUAUAAAAACAACAAAAUCAAUAACAAUAGAAAUGGCAUAAGCAACACUGAAAGUGGGACUAAAUAAGUAUCAUAACAUUAAUGAAAUAUACUCUUGUGACUAGAUAUUUAAAUUCCUACUUAAUAGUACCUACCUACCUAGUGUUUAUUAUAAAAGACACUGUAAAAUAUAAAUAAACAUAAUUUGUAAGUAAUUUAUCGAUAGCUGUAAAAUGUAAAACGCUAAAAGCGAAAAGUGAUAAACUUUGUAAUAAUAUUACGUGUUUAUAUAUGUAUGUAGUAUCUGUAUUUAAAUGUAAAUGUUUUGCGCUAUGUAAUUUCAUAAUAAUGCCUUUGUUGGUGU